AACCAUGAUCAUUGCAAGCCUAAUCCACUAUUUGUUGCCAAUCCUCACCGUCCUACUGGCUUCCACCUUUCUUCUAAUAACCGCCAGCCACCUAACGCCGCCUCCAUCUUCUCCGGCUCCUGGAGGCUGCGCCGAUUCUGUUAUCUCCUUUUCGCCUUGCCUUCCCUACAUAUCUGCACCGCCAAAUGACCUCUCGGAUGAUCCUUCAUCUCAAUGCUGCGACAUCUAUGAUGGAGCCUUUGAUUCCGGCGAGGCUGAAUGUCUCUGUUACCUUGUUCGUCAGAGCACGCUCCUCGGUUUUCCUAUUAACGCCUCCAAGCUGCUUUCCUUAUCAGAUCUCUGUGCACUUAGUAACAAUAGCCAGGCGAAUAAUACGGAUCUCUCUCUCCAGUCCAUCUGUUCAGGCUCACCAACUCUGCCUCCGCUCCUGAGCACGACAAAGAAGCCCCAUUCAGGUUCUCAUGCUCCUCUGCCACCGUCAGCAACCACCAUACCAAGUUCUGCCAAGAAUGCAUCUAGACCAGUAAGACCACCCACCAGCAGGCCAUCUACGUCAAAGCAGAGGAACAAUGGCAACUAUCCGAAACCAUCAUAUGCCAUUGAUCUCCUGUCCAUUUGUUGGUAUUUUUUGAUCAAAUUCCAGUAGGUAUCUUGGAUUUACAGCAGGGAUGGAAGUAGAUCUGGCGCAUAAAGUCUUGUUUUCUCUGAAUCAGUUUUGGUGCAAUUUAGGAAUUAGACCACAUCAUGUAAAGACGUUUGAUGUACAUGGUAAAGAGUAAAGACUGAGGGUAUGUGUUUCAAUAAAUAAUGUGCAAUUAUA